AUGUUGCGAUUGGUGAUCGGAGUGAUGGGGAAUGCUGCCGCUUUGCUGCUUUUCGCUGCUCCAACAUUGACUAUGUCGAGAAUCGUAAGGAAGAAAAGCACAGAGGGGUUUUCGUGUGUACCUUACGUCACUACGCUGCUCAACUGUCUCCUUUACACUUGGUAUGGACUCCCAGUUGUAAGCAACAAGUGGGAAAACGUUCCGCUCUUCACCAUUAACGGCACAGGGAUUCUUUUCGAGCUCUCAUUCAUCAUCAUCUAUUUGUGGUUUUCUACAGCACGAGGGAAGAUAAAAGUAACUGCGACUGUGAUACCUGCUAUUGUGGUGUUCUGCAUCACCGCCAUUAUCUCAGCCGUCGUUUUCCAUGAUCACCAACAUCGAAAAGUAUUUGUCGGAAGCGUCGCUAUAGUGGCCUCUGUGUCAAUGUAUGCUUCUCCCCUGGUGGUUGUGAAGCAAGUGAUACUAACAAAGAACGUCGAAUACAUGCCAUUCUACGUGUCUCUUUUCUCGUUCAUCUCAAGCUCCCUCUGGAUGGCUUAUGGACUACUCAGCCACGACAUCUUUGUUGCGUCUCCUAAUCUGGUCGGAACCCCAUUGAGCAUCCUUCAACUAGUUCUGUACUGCAAGUACCGGAACCUGAAAAAUCUCUCCCCAAACACAAGCGUCCUCCAUGCACGAAGCCACGUACCAGUUCUGUUCUCUCAUCACUUGCAGAGUCUGUCUUGUUCUUGCCCCAUUCACUCACUCUCAGCCCAGGAAACCACAAAGAAGAACAAAGCUGAAAAGCCCUUUUCAUAAUUUUAUUAGUUCACAA